CUUCCUUUAUUCCUUCUCCUCUUCCCCUUCUCCUCCCCCUUCUCUUCUGCUCUUCUCACACUCCUCCUCUAGAUUCCUUUGGCCACUUCGCAUGGAUUCUGGGCCUCAGGGGCCCUUGGGGACCCCAGAGUCCGGGGGGAAACCGCCAAACUGGCAGGAAGCCAAGACUUUCUAUGACAACCUGGCACCAAAAAAGAAGCCCAAAUCGCCUAAACCCCAAAAUGCCAUCACCAUUGCUGUGUCGUCGAGGGCCCUCUUCCGAAUGGAGGAGGAGCAGCGCAUCUACAAGGAGAAGGGAGUGGAGGAGUAUGUUCGGUACCAGCUAGAGCACGAAAAUGAACCACUCAGCCCGGGGCCUGCUUUCCCCUUUGUGAGGGCUCUGGAGGCUGUGAACAGCCGGCUUCGGGAGCUGUAUCCUGACAGUGAGGACCUUUUCGACAUCGUUCUCAUGACCAACAACCAUGCCCAGGUUGGGGUCCGGCUAAUCAACAGCAUCAACCACUACAACCUGUUCAUUGAGAGGUUCUGCAUGACUGGGGGAAACAGCCCAAUCUGCUACCUGAAGGCCUACCACACCAACCUCUACCUGUCCUCUGAUGCAGAGAAAGUGAGUGAAGCCAUUGGAGAGGGGAUUGCAGCUGCCACUGUCUUCAGCCCCAGCAAGGAUGUGGCAGUGCCCCAGAGCCAGCUUCGUGUGGCAUUUGACGGAGAUGCUGUUCUCUUUUCUGAUGAGUCUGAGCAGAUUGUGAAGGCCCACGGGCUUGACAUGUUCUUUGAGCAUGAGAAGACAUAUGAGAACAAGCCCCUGGCUCAGGGCCCCCUAAAGGGUUUCUUAGAGGCGCUGGGGAGACUGCAGAAGAAGUUUUACUCCAAAGGCCUGAGGAUGGAGUGCCCGAUCCGCACCUACUUGGUAACAGCACGUAGCGCUGCGAGCUCAGGGGCUCGUGCCCUGAAAACCCUCCGCAGUUGGGGCCUGGAGACAGAUGAGGCCCUGUUCCUGGCCGGAGCCCCCAAAGGUCCGCUGCUUGAAAAGAUUCGUCCACAUAUCUUCUUUGAUGACCAGAUGUUCCAUGUGACUGGGGCACAGGAAAUGGGCACUGUGGCUGCCCACGUCCCCUAUGGCGUGGCCCAGGCACCCCGGCGGACAGCACCUGAGAAGCAGGCCCCCCCAGCAGCCCAAUAGUCCUCCUGGCCAUGCCAGCAGUGGGGCUUUCUGAAAAAGGCAGAGCAGAAGAGUGGGAAGGAUGCUGGCCUCCAAAGAAUUGGGUGUGACUGGAGGCUGGAUCCUCUUCUCUGAGUCUCGGAUUUCUCAUCUGCAAAAUGGAGUUAAUGACUAAGCCUGCCUCACAGGUCAUUGUGAGGAAAGCUCUUUGUAUACUAUCAAAAUGGGAGCUAUCAAUGUUAUUGACAUUCAGAGCUACCCUGGCUCCACUCACCCAGCCCUCAUGAUUCCAUCUUGUACACAGGGAACGCAGGUCCCACCUGCUGCCUCCCAUCCCACAGUGCCUGUCUCAUUCCCUUGACGUCCCUUAGCCGACUCCCCUGCUGCACAAUCUAACCCAAGUGUCUGUCCUGGGCAUGAAGCCAGAAUGAGCAUAAAGACCCAGCUGUUCCUGGCUGGACAGAAGGCAGGGCCAAUUCCAUGCCCAAAUCCCGAACCAAGGAGAGGCGAUCUCUCAGCUGGAUCCCAUUGAAGAGUAGAUGGGAUCAGGAGGGAGCAGGCAGGGCAGUGUCUCUCCCCAGAAUGAGCUUGGGAUCUGGGAUCUGAGAACCUGGACUGCAGUUUGGGUUCUGCCGCUUACUACCUACUUGACCUUGACAGAGUAAUUUCCCCUCCCCUGGCUUUAGUUUCUUGAUUCAUAAAAUGAGGAGGGGAGGGCUCAGGGGAAGGUGGAAGGUUUCCCAGGAUCAUAUGCUCUUCCAGAUACAAGGAACCUGUAAGCUUAUCCAUUCCCACCUUCUCAUUUAACACAGUCCCCAAGAGUGACUUGCCCAUAUUUACUCACCUGGAAAGUGGUGGAACCAGAAUUUAAACCCAGGUCAUCAGGCUUCAAGUCCAAAGCUCUUUCCAUGAUACUUAGAAAUCAGUUGCUCCGCCAUAAAACAGUGCUCAGACCAGUUUUAGUCCACAUCCAUUUUUUCCCAGUUUAGGAAGCUUUUGUUAUCAAAAGACCUCAAAAUCUAUGAAGUUUAAACACACACACACACACACACACACACA